AUGGAGUCCAGUGAAAAUUCGAAUAUCAAAGCCACCAUUUGUAAAACCAUCUCCUGUUUGUUGCCCGAUGACUUGGAAGUGAAGCGAGCUUGCCAGCUUACUGAAUUCCUCCUGGAGCCGACAGUUGAGUCCUAUUAUGCUGUAGAGACUCUGUACAAUGAGCCAGACCAGAAGUUUGAGGUAGACAGUCUUCCAGUGCCCAAUUCACUACGCUGUGAACUUCUGCUAGUGUUUAAAACGCAAUGGCCCUUCGACCCUGAAUUCUGGGACUGGAAGACUCUGAAACGUCACUGCCUAGAGCUGAUGGGGGAGGAAGCCUCCAUUGUAUCUUCAAUAGAUGAGCUCAAUGACAGUGAGGCUUUUGAGCAGCUCGAGGACGAAAAUGGUGGCAAAGUUCAGAAACUGGCAGGCUUACAUGCAGUAUGUGUAUUGUGUGAUAAAGAGUUUCUUGGUCACAGGAUAGUACGGCAUGCACAAAAGCAUGUCAAGGAUGGGGUUUAUAGUUGUCCAAUAUGUGGGGAGAAUUUUGAUCAAAAAGAACUAUUUGUCCCACAUGUAACGUCUCAUGUAAAACAAUCCUGCAAAGAAAGACUUGCUGCAAUGAAACAGAGUAGGAUGUUGGGUAAACCUACCAAAUUGCCCAAUUCGAAUACUGCUCAUCAGAAAGUUAAAGCUGCUAACAAACCGGACAACAAGCCAAAGAAGAAAAAUGGCCCCCAUUCUGAUGAUAGUGUGGUCUUUAAUGACAAGGAUGCAUCUGAGAGUGAUGGAAAAGAUCAACAUUCUAAACCUGACCUCUCUGUACAUAGGGUGGACUACAGAGAGGAAUACACAUGCCCUGUUACAAACUGUCGAAAGGGAUUCAAGUACUUCAAAAACCUGAUAGCCCAUGUAAGAGGCCAUAAAAACAGCGAAGAGGCUAAACGUUUUCUUGAAAUGCAAAGCAAAAAGGUGGUUUGCCAGUAUUGUCGUCGGCAGUUUGUCAGCGUCGCCCAUCUCAAUGAUCAUUUACAAAUGCAUUGUGGCGUAAAACCGUACAUCUGCAUACAGCUACAUUGUAAAUCAAGAUUCCUCACUAAUCCAGAACUGUUGGUACAUAGGAAAGAGCAUGUUGUGUUUAAAGCAAAAUGCAUGUUUCCAGACUGUGGAAGAAUAUUUUAUGAAGCCUACAUGCUGUAUGAUCACGAAGCUCAGCACUACAAUACGUUCACUUGUAAAUUUCCUGCUUGUGGUAAAAUAUUUCAUUCCCAAUCCAAGUUGGAUUUGCACCAGGAAGAUCACUUUGCGCAGCAAAAGACUGCUUUACAGGACCCAGACCUGACUGAAUUACCAGAUAAAAAUCCUGCGCAGUUACUAGAUCUGGGUCCAUGCCAUACUCCUUUACCAGAACUCAAUUUGGCAAAAUUAAUAGAUCCAAACCAGAUUAAAUUGGAAUUACCAGAUACAGCCCAACCUUUACAAGAUCCAACCCAACCUAAAUUGGAAUUGCCAAAUCCAAGCCAGUUACAGUUACCGCAUUCAAACCAGAUUACGUUCCCAGAUCCAACCCAAACUCAAAGUGAAUUAGAAAUACCAUGUUCACACCUGACUCCUUUACAGGAUCCAACUCCAGUAAUGAAUAAUUGCCCACAAGGUGUCCAAGUAAAUGUUGAACAGAAAGGAGCAGUAGAUAUAAUCAAUUGUAAAGACAGCAUCCACGUCUGUGGAAGAUCUCAAAACAUUCUGCCUGUUAUGGGAGUCACCAGUGUUGUAUGCGAUCCAGCUUCAUCUGAACAUCUAGAACCGCAGCCUGUGCAACAUCCACCACUGCAUCGAAGUGGUCUCCCAGCAGAGUUGAAGGAAAGCCAGCUACCUGGCAUGCUCACUGGUGCGCUGGAGGAAAAGCCAACUAAACUGCAUCAUGUAAAAAUAGAAACUCCAAGCAAUGAGGAGAUCAUGCCAGAGCAGCCACCAAAACCGGCAGGUGAUGUUGUACCCAACUGUAAUGCUUUAUCAGUAAGGAUGCCUGAUGGCAAUAACAUACUUUCUCCAUCAGUCCAUCCUCAAGCUGUAACUGAGAAACAAGUGAAAGUGGGGGAGAGAUUUAACUGCACGUUUGCAACCUGUACUCGGAACUACAGUUCAUCAAGGAGCGUCAGUAAACACAUGAAGGCGGUACACCCCGAAUACCAUGCUGCACUGAAGUUGGCUCGGAAAAGCAAAUCGCUCCAAAAAAACAACAGAAAAAGUGCUCUCCAAACACAAAAAGACAAAACACAAGGGAUGAAGACUCAAACCCCACUGUUUCCUUACCAAACUGGAAAUGUUGCAGCUACUGUAUCAACCCCAGCCUUUUCUUCUCAUUCUGGAACCCUGACCACUGCAGUUUUGCCCACCCAAAUAGAAAGCGUUGUAAAUCCAAUCCUAUUGUCACAAAUGGCAGAGGUCUCAAAUCAAAUGUUACCCUUGCAAACACAAUGUGGAGUUAACCCUCUUCUGUCUUUACAAAUGGGCAGUGGUCAGAACCUGUCUCUGCUGUCACAUAAAAGACAUUCAGCAGAGCUACCAAUACAUUUACAAGCACUCGCCAGUCAAGUUUCGUCUUCACAAAUCACUGCAGCAAAUCCAGUCCCUGCUCCACAGAUACCUCAAGGCAAUACAAAAAAUCUAGUUGUAAAUUCACAAGCAGGUGUCAUAAGUCCAGCUUUGUUUUCAGAGAUGCAAAGUAGUGCAAACCUUAUUUUGCCUUCACAAGCUGAAAAUAAUUGCCUUCAGGUUUUGCCUUCUCAUUUGGAAACUAGUACAGAUCCCAUUCUAACCUCUCGGUUAACUGAUGAUACAAAUUCAGUGAUGCCUUGUCACAUUGACAAUAAUAGAGUACAAAGAAGUGCAGAUUCACUUUUGCCUUUACAGAUAGAUUGUGGCUCACAUAUAAUAGGGGCACCACCUACACAAGAAGGAAGUUCCCAUAUGGCUUUUUCAACUAUGGGAAGUCAUAAUAACACACAUGUACCAUCACAAGUUGACAGUGUAACAAAUAUUAUGUUGUCCCAAGUGGAUCCCUCCAAUCCUAAUUUGCCUUCCAAUAUGGAAGAUCUAAGUAAUGCCUUGUUGCCUUCACUUAUGGAGAGGGCGACACAUCCGCUGUUACCUUCAAAUCUGGAAAGCUUCAAAAAUUCAGGUCGACUGGAAACUGCCGUGAAUCCUCUCUUCCUUCCACAGAUAGAUGCCCAUUCAUUCUCUGAUUUCUCCUCAAAAGGAAAAAGAGGGGCUAAUUCCCAAAUGGAAAAUGUCAUGAAGUCAGUUUUUAUUUCCCAGCCAGAACCUGCACAGACUGCCACUGCUGUCCAGCCACUCCCUGUGAGUCCACCUAAACUUGAAGUUAAAAAGACCAGCAAGAGAACAAAGUGGCCAGCUAUUGUUAGGGAUGGUAAAUUCAUCUGCAGUAGAUGUUAUAGGGAAUUUACUAGCCCCAAUUCACUUGGUGGUCAUCUAUCAAAGCGUUCAAAUUGUAAACUAUUUGAUGAAAUGGAAACCUCUGGUGCACUUCAGCAGGAUGGCUCAUCCUCAUUCAUUGCUAAUCCAAUUAAUUCAUCCAGUGUGCUGAAUGUGCAGCAGCAACAGCUGUCUGCAAAUUUCAAUCCAACUGUAUCUUUCAAAGGCCAAGCUGAUCAGUCAUUAGCAAUUGAAAACCGUCCUGCAAGAUUUUUGCCUAGUGCUGUUUUCCCACAAGUUAAUGGAGCUGUUUGUAAUCCAAACGAGGGUGAACAAAGUAGUCCAAUCAUUAAGCAAGCCCUGGAAACAGCAGGACUUCCAGACCUGUUUGAGACCUCUGGAAUCCUGCAGCAGACAUUCCAAAGUCCAUGUGGCCCCUAUCAAACAAGUGCACAUAUGCCAGAAAGCACAGUCAUACAGCAUACAGGAAAAGUUAUUAAAAUGGAGUCGGAGGAUGCAGAAGUUCCAUUGAUUCAUGAAACAAGGAAUGAAUUAACGACCUGUGCUGCAAAUCAUUUUGUAAAGGGAGGAGAGCCUGAAUUUUGUGCUGAUAUCUUCUCCGACUCUGUUCUGUCACAGAUGUUGGCAGAACAUAAUUCACAGAUAUCCUUGAAUAAUCUUGGAGCAGCUCAUUUAAAUCAGAUAAUGAGAACUGAUUGUCAGUCAAUGAAGGUAGAAGGAAAUGGAGAGCCUCAAAUAAAUGCAAAUGACAAUUUACUGGCUGCUAUGGCCAAUCUUACACAACACUUUAUGGCUAAUCAGGUGUUGCAAAUACCAGUGGCUGAUCCCCAGCAUUUAGUAACAAACCAGGGCAACCCACAGGAUUCUGCUCCAAAGAUAAAGAAUGUAAAGAAAAAAUUACGUGCUCAGUUAUUGGAAAAACCUCAUGAUUUUUCACGAAAAUCAUCAGGUCCAGCACAAGAUAUCAGUUUACAGGGAAAUGGACACCUGCAAAAAUUAUCAAACUUCCCACAAACUUCAGAGGCCAAGCACGGUUCAGCAUUUUCAGAGAUACAGGGAGUGACAGGAUCUGACAAUAGAGAUGACGCAAACGGCUUGCUGAGUGAUACUACACAGACAGAGAAAUUAAACAGUGCGUUAAAUGUAUCCUUAUCGGGACAGAGUUCGUCUAAUGCCCCAGAGACAGCCUUCAGUAAUUCUUGUGAUUCUCAAAAAGAAGAUGAAAAAAUAAUGGAAAUUCUAACAGCUUUACAGAGAUUAAACCUAGAAAAGGAAAAUCCCACUCCCAGUCCUGCUGUGAAUAGCUGCUCUGUCACAAGUAUGCUUGAUUGUAAUGCUGUUGUGUUAAAUGAACGCCCAGAAGCUCAGUGUCGUGAUUCUACAGUAGCAAAUGAAGCUCGGCCUUUGGAAAGCACUAGUAAACCAUUUGUGUGUGAGAAUGAAGGCUGUCCUUAUAGUGCUAUGACAAAAGAUGCAUUGUAUAAACACUAUUAUAAAGUGCAUAAUUACACUGAAGAGAUGAUGAAUGAAAUCAGGCAAAUCCAACUCAAGUUUGCUCCCUUUCGGUGUCACAUUUGCAAGAAGACAUUUACACGAAACUCAAACCUCAGGGCACAUUUUCAGACUGUGCAUCGCUUGACGCAGAACAAAAUGGUCCAGUUGAAAAUUAAACGACCAUACACCAAAAAAUCUCGACCUGAAAAAACUGCUACUGACAAACAGCCAUGCAUGGUGGAUGGUCAACGAGAAGAACUUGGUUCAGAAUCUGCAGAAAGCACUCUAGCCCUUGAGAAGUUGAAGCCCAUUGAAGGCAAUUCAGAACAGGGUAUGCAUCCAGCAGUUAAAGAGUCAUUUAAAGUUGCUGCUACCCAAGUUUCAUGCUCUUUGCAAGAUGCACCAAAUGGACAAACUUCAGAAAAUAUUUCUAGUUCUGUAUUGGAGCAACCUACAUCAGGACAGCCUACAAUGGGCCUGUCUGCAGCUCAGCAACCUUCAACAGAGUAUCCUACAGUAGGUCUACUGUCAGCUGGGCAACCUGCUGCACAACCCCCUACUAUGGGCCAGUCUGAAGCAGGACAGGCCCCAGUGGGAUUGCCUGGAACUGCUCAGUCUGAAGCAGGACAGGCCCCAGUGGGAUUGCCUGGAACUGCUCAGUCUGAAGCAGGACAGGCCCCAGUGGGAUUGCCUGGAACUGCUCAGUCUGAAGCAGGACAGGCCCCAGUGGGAUUGCCUGGAACUGCUCAGUCUGAAGCAGGACAGGCCCCAGUGGGAUUGCCUGGAACUGCUCAGUCUGAAGCAGGACAGGCCCCAGUGGGAUUGCCUGGAACUGCUCAGUCUGAAGCAGGACAGCCCCCAGUGGGAUUGCCUGGAACUGCUCAGUCUGAAGCAGGACAGCCCCCAGUGGGAUUGCUUGGAACUGCUCAGUCUGAAGCAGGACAGGCCCCAGUGGGAUUGCCUGGAACUGCUCAGUCUGAAGCAGGACAGGCGCCAGUGGGAUUGCUUGGAACUGCUCAGUCUGAAGCAGGACAGGCCCCAGUGGGAUUGCUUGGAACUGCUCAGUCUGAAGCAGGACAGGCCCCAGUGGGAUUGCCUGGAACUGCUCAGUCUGAAGCAGGACAGGCCCCAGUGGGAUUGCCUGGAACUGCUCAAUCACUAGCUGAAGCACCUGAAACAACUCAGUCUCUAGCUUGCCUAUCUAUAGUGGGACAGCCCACAGUGGAAUUGCCGACUGUAGCAGGACCACCACCGAUGGAGAUGCCUGUUUCAGGACACACUGCUACAGGAUUUCGUCUCCCUGGACCACCUUUACCAGGAGAGCCUGCAACAGGGAAAGUUAAAAAGCCUAAAGGUCCAAAACCUAAGGUAUCAAAGCCUAAGGUUGAAAAACCUAAAGUGGAGAAGCCUAAAAAGCAACCAAAACCAGAAGUAAAAAAGCAAAAGAAGCCAGCUGCAAAUACAAGCGAGUCAUCUCACAGCUACAGUCCAUACAGGCCAUACCGUUGCGUUCACCAGGGCUGCUUUGCAGCGUUUACAAUACAGCAAAACCUGAUUCUGCAUUACAGGGCUGUGCAUCAGUCAGACCUGCCUACGUUUGAACAGGAUAAUGAAGAAGAAUCAGCCGAGAUCAAAGACGACUUGGUGGAGGAGAUGGACCAGAUCACAGAGUUCAGAUGCCAAGUUAAAGAUUGCUCUAGAAUAUUCCAAGAAGUACCUAGCCUUUUGCAGCAUUAUACACAGCUUCAUGAGUUUAGUCUGGAAAAAGCUGGGAGCCUACUGUCGGAUAUGAACUUGGGAAGAUUUCGGUGUGACCAGCCAGAGUGCAAGGCUUCAUUUACAGCAUUUUGGAAGUAUAUUGGUCAUCUUGAAGUGGAUCAUGAACCAGAGAAACUCUUUAAUAAUGACGGGGAGGAAGGUGUCUUCAGGUGUGAAUGUGAGGGCUGUGAUUGUGUUUAUGCCACUAGGUCCAACCUCUUACGCCACCUGUUUAGAAAACACAAAGACAUCCACAAGUCCCAUUUAAUUAGACCUAGAAAAAAAAUGGACAGCCAGGAAAGUUGUUCAGUAAGUGGUGACCCCUCCAAAAAGUCAAAAUCUGCUGGAGGUAAAGGAGACAAUGAAAAAGAGAACUGGCAAAAUAAUAAGAAAUCAAAAAUCAGUAGCACAGAGGAGCGAAAGAGUAAGAAGAAAAAAAAUGAUGCAAAUAAAACCGUCUGGAUAAAAAGCAAAAAAACGCCUUCUUUAAAAACAAAUGAUGAAGCGCUGGCAAUGUGUACCAAAAAAUUCUCUCUGCAAUACCCAUGUAUGAUAAAAGGUUGUCUGUCUGUUGUCCGCAGUGAACGCAAUAUGUUUAGACACUACAAAACUCACAGGCUGACUGAUGCAUUCCUACUGCAGCAAGGCAGUGACUUUAUCAUUUGCAAGCAGCGUUCACUUCCCUUAAAAAAAUCAAAGUCUACUGGAGAUGAUGGAGAGAAAUCUCAGGAAGAUCAGUCUGAGAAUUCAGAGCAAGACUUGGCAGACACCUACCCUGAAUUAAGUGAAACAGAAAGUUCACGUUUAACAUCUGAAAAGGAUGAAGUUGCAGAACACUCGAAACCUUUCAAGAAAAAACGUUCAGCUGAUGAAUGUUCUGAACCCAAGCCAGUGUGGAGAAGAAAGCGGAAGAUUAGACAAGCCUUUCCUGAUUCUGUUCCCCUGAUCAAGCGCAAGAGAGGGAGACCUCCGCUGAAGAGAAAGCGCAAAGAAGCCAUGCAGAUCAGAAUACAAAACAGACGGGUGAGAAAAUUGAAACCAGAAUUAUAUAAUCAAAGCAAUCUGUGCAGUGGCUCUGAAUCAGCAGCUUCUUCCUGCACAGUUCCAGUUCAAAAGGAGCAGCAGCACAACAAUAUUGACUUGAGUACAUUUAAGCCAAUGGGAUUUGAAGUGUCUUUUCUCAAAUUCUUGGAAGAAUCUGCAGAUCAGCCAAAGAGGAAGGCAAAGAAAAAUCCUCUCUUCGAAAUUGCCUCAAAAAGAAAGAAAGCCUUUCCCCCAAAAUCUGGAAGUCUGGAUUGUAGUAAGUCCGAUUUGCACAUCAGGACUAGCGGUUAUCAUAACCUUAUUGACUUUCGAAACCCUUUGAAUCUCCAGUGUGUAAAGAAUGUAAAGAUUGUUGUGGACAGGACCUUUUCUGAAGGGGCUGAGCUUUUGCUUAAGCAGCUUCAGGAAAUGCGACCAGCAGUUGUGCUUGAAAAAUGGUAGUACUGUUGAGGGUAAGAUAAUAGCAAAAAAUGGUUCAAUUAACAAAUAAAGCAUAGUACUCAGGAUUGCUCUCUAUUUUAGUGCAAGGAACAGUUAGGCUGCAGACCGGGACUUUUUUAAAAUUAUUGUAUGCAUAACUAAACAAUGAAUAUAUAGCGCCUGUCAAUUAUAUCCCAAAUUAGUCUUUCAAACAUCACAAAAAACAAAAGCUGUAAUUUAAAUGGCAUAUAAAAUGAUUUUAAGAUUUUGUAAGCUCACAAAACUUCUAAGGGUUUAGGUGAUGCCUUUUAAUUGGCUCUUUUAACAGAUGUGCUGUAAACCAGAACUAUGCUAAUCUAUUGUGUAGAAAAUUCAAACUGAACAGUAGAGCAUGUUUGUACCAUGAAGCUUUUCUUAUGUCACAUUAAGUUGCCUUUGCAAAAAAAUAUAUAUAAUAAAAUUCAUGAUACCAGUCAUGUAAACGUCAAUAUAUCCCCAUGGGACAUUUUGCUGCAAAACCUUUAUGUAAAAAUUAGACAGUUUUUUUUUUUCUUCCAUCACUGAAAGUGUUGUGUAAUAGUCUGUGAUAUUUGGUUGAUCUCUCUCUCUCUCGUUCACUUACCAUGUAAAUUGUAAGUUGUAGAUAUCUUUUGUGUAUAUAUUUGUUCUUUGAAAACUGGUAGUCGAAACUAUUAAAUUCAGUUUUAUAACGUU